AUGUUCGCUAGUGGCGCAGUUGAAAUGGAUCGGGAAGUGAAAUCAAAUGUUCUAGUCAUCGGUUUGGGAGCCGGUUAUGUAAACACCUAUCUUCACGAUAUGUAUCCGAAGAUGAAUAUCGCUGUGGUGGAUGUGGAGCCAGGUUUGAUACCAGUUGCUAAAAAAUGGUUCGGUCUUGUGCUAGACGAUCGCCAACGAGUGUUUAUAAUGGAUGGAGUUGAAUUUAUUAGAGAUGCAGUAAGAAAAGAUCAUAAGUACGACGCAAUAUUUGUCGACGCUUGUGUGGCGAACACUGUUGAGAAAAUAUCCUGUCCUGCGCCUGGUUUCUACACAUCUGAAACUGUGGAGAAUCUUUCUAAAAUAUUAACCAGCAAA